AUGACCGACGCUCUGUCUUCAGCGACCGAGUUUGUCAUGAUCGUAGCGCUGACGGAACGGUAUUACGUGUGCAGCUCAUACGAAGCAAAACGGCUGAUGUCCCACGACAACGACUUUAGGCCCACAUUCGGGGAUCAUCUUACCCGUGGCUUCAGGUUGAUCGCCGUGGGCAACGACCUCAGACACCAGGGCUUGGCAGACGUCGUCUCUGUGAUGUAA